AUGAUUGAAUUCAAGGCCUGCUUGGAUGAGUUGGAGGUUAGAGAACUCAGAUACCAUGGGCCCCCUUUUACUUGGAUUAAUAGUAAACCGGAUGACCCUAUAGCUAAAAAGUUGGACCGGGUUCUCAUCAAUGAAGAGUGGUUGCUCACCUUUCCACAUAGUUUGGCUCACUUCAUUCCUCCGGUUAUCUCAGACCAUACGUCCUCUAUCAUUAAUCUUGAAGUUGACCCUCCUGUUGCUGGAACAAAGCCAUUUAAGUUCUUCAACUUCCUCACUUCUCACCCGGAUUUCUUGGCUACAAUAUUGGAAGGAUGGGAAGUAUCUCACCCUGAAAGCUGGUCCCUCUCUCUCCUUCAUAAGAAGCAAAAGAUACUUAAAAAAUUUCUCAAGAAACUUCACAAGCACAAUUAUUCUCAAAUUCAGAAAAGAGUUGGAGAAUCCGAAAAACUUUGUGCUGAAAAAUUGCAACAUCUGAGACGUGUGGAAGAGGCUUAUUUCCACCAAAAGUCUAGAAUUCAAUGGCUCAAAGAGGGAGAUCAGAACACAAGUUUCUAUCAUAAAGUAGCUCUGGCGAGGAACUAUUUUAAUGCUAUUCACGAGCUAACUGACCUUAAUGGAAUAACGGUCUCAUCUCCUGAAGCAGUGGGACUUCUUGCCAUUUAUUACUUCAUCAAUGUCUUGGGACCUCCUCUGACUUUAUCUGCCCCAUCCCUCCAGAUUCGGGUUGAUUUAGCUACUGCCUUUCAUUGUUCUCCUGAACAAGCAGAAGAUAUGAUUAAGCUACCGACAGAUGAUGAAAUUAUGAGAGUCUUGUUCAAGAUAAAUCCAAAUAAAAGUUCUGGCCCGGAUGGAUUAACUUCUCGAUUUUACAGUUGUGCUUGGCAUAUAUUGGGGAAAGAGGUUACUGCUGCAAUCAGCAAAUUUUUUGUAUCAGGGAACUUGCCGACUGCAACUAAUUCAACCAUCUUAACGUUGAUUCCUAAAUUUCCAGGGGCCUCCUCUGUAAAGGACUACAGACCUAUAUCCUGCUGCAACACUACUUACAAGGUUAUUUCAAAGAUUCUGGUCUCAAAACUAAAGCUUAUACUUCCUAUGGGAUCAAAAAGGCUUACUCUGAAGGUUGACAUCGCCAAGGCUUUUGACUCUAUCAAGUGGGACUUCAUAAUCGCUUCUCUCAAUUCCCUCGAUCUACCUCCAUUGUAUAUUCACUGGAUAAGAGAAUGCAUAUCAACCGCUGCCUACUUUGUUGGUAUUAAUGGUUCGCUCCAUGGCUUCUUUCAAGGAACUCGUGGCCUGCGACAAGGAGACCCAUUAAGUCCAUAUUUGUUUGGUAUUGCCAUGAAUGUCUUGUCUCGCAAGCUUAACAAAGCAGCAGAAGAUGGUGUUAUUGGUUAUCACCCUCGUUAUGGAUCACCUGCCUCUUUGCAAGGAAUCAUCUCAGUUCUCUCUGACUUUCAGGAAAUUUCGGGUCUAGCUAUAAGCCCACAGAAAUCGUGCUUAUUCUCAGCAGGUCUAACUACCGCAGAGACCUCUGAUCUGGUGGCCUUUUCAGGCAGACUUCAACUCUUAAGCUCUGUCAUCUCAGGCAUUAUUAACUUCUGGUGUGCUGCCUUCAUUAUGCCUGUGGAGUGCAUCAAUGAAAUCAAUUCAAUGUGUUCAGCAUUUUUAUGGAAAGGUAGCUUGGGAGGAAAAUAUACUGCUCGGGUUUCUUGGGAUAAAGUGACUACACCUAAGGAAGAAGGUGGUUUAGGUCUCCGAAACAUUACCUAUUGGAACAGAACCUGCAUCAUCAAACUGUUGUGGAUGCUGUUCUUCAGAGCUGAAUCUGUUUGGGUCGCCUGGAUUCAUCAAAAUGUCAUCAAAGACGAGGAUUUCUGGUCAAUGAAAGAAAGCCAAAGUUACACAUGGCUCUUCAAACAAAUACUCAGACAGAGAGAAAUUGUGAUAAACUGGUUGAGAGUAAUACCUGUUGAUGGGAAUUCGAUAAACUUCUGGACUUCACCGUGGACUCCCUACGGCCAAUUGAUCAGACAUGUGGGGCCGAACGGCCCUAGACAGUCAGGUUUCCCUCUAUUAUCCUCACUGGCUUCUUUGUGGAAUGGAGAAUCGUGGACUCUAGCUCCUGCUAGAUCCCCAGAAAUGGAGCAAGUGCAAAUUUAUUUGUCAAUAAUCACUCUCUUGGAAGAUCCUGAUUACCCGGAAUGGAUUCAAAACAACGCUUCAUCUGCAAACACAAACAAGUUUAUAUCUGCUCAAAUAUAUGACAGCAUUAGAGAAUCAAGGCCGCAGGUGCCUUGGCACAGAAUCGUGUGGCUUAAGAAAGGGAUCCCAAAGUUCAAAACUCUAACCUGGAUGUUUGUCCAAGACCGAUGCCCAACUCGCAACAGACUUCUCUCAUGGGGGUUGCAAACAGACCCUCUUUGUCUCUUAUGUAAUCUCCAUCCUGAAUGUCGGAAUCACAUCUACUUUCAAUGUUCGUUCUCUAUGGGAGUGUGGAGGAACCUGUCUUCAAAGCUAGGUUUAAUCGUUUCAUCUGAUGAGUGGGAUGAUAUCCUGCAAGCUCUUAUCGGCCUCACUGGAAACAAGCACCUGCGCUAUUUAACCAUUCUAGCUUGGCAAUCAGCGAUCCAUGAAAUUUGGAGAGAACGCAACAACAAACUCCAUCGAUCAAGCUUCAAAUCAAUCGAUGUUAUAAUUUCCACCAUCUCUUCGAUUAUCAAGAAUUGCAUAUCUGCUAUGCGACAAACCCAACCAUUGGAAUCUAGCGCCUGCAUGAAACUAUGGUUUUCACUUCCUUGA